CCGCAUCAUCGCAGAUUUCUCUGUAAGGGCCGACUCACUUUUGUACCACUCAACAUAGAACAUUCCUCGGGUAACCUCAAGCUCAAACCACACAUAAAAAGCAUCGGAAAUGGCCCCUAGAAAGAUUAUCAUUGAUACCGAUCCCGGCAUUGAUGACAUCCUUGCCAUUCUUCUGGCACUGUCUGCCAAGCCCGAAGAUGUUGAGAUUCUACUGAUCUCCCUCACCUUCGGCAAUAUCGAGGUUAAGAGCUGCCUGCGAAAUGUCGUGUCCAUGUUCCACAUCCUUGAGCGGGAGAUGCAAUGGCGUCGAGAGCAGGGCCGGCCGGAAGGAUUUGGCACUCUCCGCGCUUCUCCCCCGGUUGUCGCCGUAGGAGCAGAGGAUCCCUUGGAGGACCAAAAGAUGCUGGCAGAUUACUUUCAUGGCACGGACGGUCUGGGAGGCAUCCAUGCCAGUCAUCCCCACCUAACUCCAAAAGAGACUUGGGAGCAUCUCUUUGACCCUUCGUCCGAUCCCAACGUGGUUGAGCCCGUCCCAACGGGUGAUCCAGCCCAUCGCUCAUUCAUUCCUUCGAAGCGUCCCGCGUACGAAGAGAUUCUCCGUGUCCUAAGGGAGAAUGAUCCUGAUACUGUCACGCUCGUGGCAGUUGGCCCUCUCACUAACCUUGCACUGGCAUCUUCUGCCGACCCAGAGACCUUCCUCCGGGUUAAAGAGGUUGUAGUAAUGGGAGGGGCAAUUAACCAACCUGGAAAUGUCACUCCAGCUGCAGAGUUCAAUGCAUACGCAGACGCAGUCGCUGCUGCCCGAGUUUAUGCCCUGACGUCUCCUUCUCCCAGGAGUACACUGCCGCCGGGGACGAGUCUGCCAGACUAUCCCCCGAAGCUUAGCAAACAGCUCACUCUUCGUAUCUUUCCCCUGGACAUUACCUUGAGACACAAUGUGACGCAGGGCCAGUUCCGGAAAACAAUUACACCGCUCCUAGAGGCCGGAUCGCCACUAGCUGAAUGGGUUUCUGCUUUCAUGGCUCACACAUUCCGCACCCUAGAAAGACUGCAUCCAGGACACGUGGGUGACGCUGCGGAACUUAGUCUGCACGACCCUGUGUGUGUCUGGUAUGCUAUGACCGCUGACCAUGACGGCUGGCAACCUUCAGCGACGUCGCCAGAGGACAUUCGGAUUGAAACUACUGGCCAAUGGACGCGGGGUCUGUGCGUUAUCGACCGACGAAACCGACACCGUAUUGACGCCGAUGUGGAAAGCGCAAACGAUCAUGGCUUAUGGUUGAGUCGGUCGGCUGGGAACCGCGUCUGGAGAAUGGAUAGCUCCCCAGGGGAAGACACCUUUGGCGAGGUGCUCCUCCAGAAGUUGUUCACGUGAGGUGCUUUAGAAGAGUAGCAAAGCGCAGUCGCAAGCAUGUCUUGACUGAGCGAUACAGUAUAUAGGCCUUGGGGUCGAACCCAAAUAGACAGAUGCUGAUGGUGUAAGUA